AGCGUUCGGCCCAAGAGCUGCCCGGGGCGGCUGCCCGGGGCGCCUGCCUUCAGGCGGCCUCGCUUGCCCACAGCGCGCCCCGGCCGGCGCAGAGCGAUGCGACCGCGGCGGCCAGUGCCCCCGACGCUGCAGCGCUGGGCGGGCCGCGGCGCAGCGCCGCAGGGGGCGCGCGCCGCGGCCGCGUCGGCCGCCGGCGUCCACCGUGCCGUUCGACAGCGCGGCGCCCCUCUGCCCUGGCGCUCGCCUGGGGCGCUGCCCGGCUCCUGUGCUGGCUCGGCGCGGUGGCUGUCCAUGCCCUCGCGUGCCGACACGAGGCCCUUCGUGCUGCAGCCGUGUGCAGGGGCGGCCGAGGGCGCGGGCGAGGGAGGCGUCUCGUGCUGGACGUCCCAGUCGGCCGCGGGCCUGUUCGCGGGCCCCGGGGCCGCGGCGCUGCGCGACAAGGCGAAGAGGGCCCACACGCUCUCGCACAUGCUGCCUGCGGGCGCAGUUCUGCGGGCGGCUCUGGCUGGAGCCCACGCUGGGGGUUCCGCCGCAUUGGUGACGCUGGCCGAGCAGACGGCGACGGCCGCCGCCGCGGGCGGCGCUGGCGUGUGGGUGGUCCGCGGCGGCGUCGUCAUCGCCGCGACGGAGGCAUCUCCAGGCGGGGGGCCCGCCUCGCUGGUCGUGGCGCUGCGGCCCGACGACACAGUGGUGCUGGCGCAGGACGCCUCCGCGUGGCCCGAGCUGGAGAUCGUCGCAGCCGCGGCCCGCGGCGGGCCCGCGGCCGGCUGCGCGAGACCGUCGCUGUGGCUGCGCUGCUCGUGCCCGGGCUCCAGCGAGGUGUGGGCGCCCCUCGGGGAGGCACCGCCGCACCCCUCGUGGGUGAAGACGAUCUUCAACGAGUACGGCGAGCACGGCGGCAAGCCGGAGUGACGCGGGCCGCGGUGUCCCCGGCGGCGGCCCGCGAGCGAGAUCGCCGGCCUGGGGCUCCCAGGGCAAAAUCAGAAGGGAAAAAACACAGACACAAUUAAUCUUGUCGUCGUCGUCCUCAUGGGCGGGGGAAGGAAUCCAAGUCUUGAAGUGCUGCUAGUCCCAGCGGGGUCGACGCGUGGACUUCCGCGCCGAGUCGUUCCCCGCGGACUAGCGGCGAUGUGGCCGCCGCAGGGCCACGAGUGAAAGUCGAGAGAGUUGGCAGCUCUGCCGCAUAGGACCAUGUUUUUUUUGUCACCGUGGAAGUUGCGCCUUCCGCUCCAUAUUCAUUCGGAGGCGGGCCUCGCCUUGCUUCCACUCCGUAUUGUCGACAAGAGAAUUUCGUCAGGCACGGCCCAGCCAGCAAACAUUCGAAGGCGGGCCUCGCUUUGCCUCCAUUCCAUAUGUAAGCGGCGUGGCUGUCUGUCGCGAUGCAGUCAAAGAUCGAUGAACUGGUCCCU